CAUCGAAGAAGGUGGCAAAGAAAAGAGCCCAGUCCAAAUCAGAGGGCACAGCAGGGAAGAGCGGGCUCUCAAGUCAAGCACAGCAGGCCCAAGCCGGUGCGGUGACCACCAACAACGACUCCUCAGAAGUCACUCACGACCUCGCCGCCACGCAGGCCUACCAACACAACCUGGACAAUCCGUUCCAGCACCACCAGCAUCAACGGCACCAUUCUUCCGCCUUCCCUCCCGGCUUCCAGCCCCCACACAACGACCUCAUCAUGUCUCCACCCCAUCUCAUGUCCCAACUCGACCGCCAAAUGGUGCUCAACUCCUACGCUGCAGCAGGAGGGGUAAAUCCAGGCCUCGAUCAAGCAGCUCUGACGAGUAUGCUCAUGGAUCCCACAAGCACUGCCAACAAUGUCGACCAAUCCACGGCUGGUCUGGAGUCCUUCGACUUCAACCCAUUUGCCAAUUCCACUUCCAACACCAUGGCGCCAUCGCAAGCCGCCAACAACGCCAACACUGGAUUCUGGGGCGAUCCUUCAACAGCGUGGUUCAUGCCCUUCAAUCUCGACCCUCCACUUCCUCAAGGCGGUGUCGGCGGCGGUGGUGGUGCUGGAUCGGACAUGGGAUUCUUCGGUGGGAAUGACAUUGAUUGGAGUGCGGGAUUCGGGUCGUUUGGAGAUUUCUCUGCCGAGCUAGGUGGCACAGGUCUGACGCCUGGCGGACCACAGGGAACCGGUGUGGAUGUGGAUAUGGAGUUGAACCUGGGAGAGGGUGGUGGGCAGUCCUAGGGCAGAUGGUGUGAAAGUCUCGGGUGUCCGGAUGGUAUUGCCGCGUUCGGAG